CAAAUCACGGGAUCAACCAUGAACCAAUCAACUUCAAGUCUCGUGCGGCUCGCCAGCGCUAGUUUUGCUGCGAUUGGGGAAUGCACGUCAAACCUGGCCCGGCAGUUGUUUCUAUCGUCGACCUUGACACAGUUUCGCUAUACAACGGACUCGGUCCACCAACCGGUCAACGAGGUACAAUCAUCAAGCACUGGACCAGCUAGUACUAUCUGUGGGAAAGGCGAUAAUCGCACGCGGAGGGGCAAGAUCUUCCGUGGCACCUACCGCGAGCAGCUGCCCUCCCACGGGCCGCAGCUCCACCCGUAUCCUGGGGGCCCGGUGGUGCAGCGGCCAGGCGGUGGCAGCCGGGGCGCAUUCCGGUAUCCGGGCGAGGCGCCGCCCACCGCUCCGCCCGGCGCUUCUCACACAGUUCCACCCGCGCAGCGGUAGCUUCGGGUUAGCUGUGUUGCUGAGCUUGUAGGAUUGCAGUCUGAGCAUCUUGGUACUACGUCGGGAGGCGGGCAAGAUGGUUCGGGCUCGGCGCAGCAGCUCUGGGUGUUUGGCCCGUAGCAGCUACAGGUGCUGUUUGCCGUGGUGGCCAGGCCGUGGCGUUGCAGCGGUGCGGGUGCAUGGGUUAGGGUGUAGUCGGGACUGCACAGUGCACUUUCUGCUAUGGGUCGGUCGAAUGGCAAAUUGGCAAUUGAGUGAUUCGCGCGAUGCCUGUGGGUUGGGAAUAGAGAGCGCGAUCACGAGCCAGAAGUGGAAGCUGGUGCUGACGCGCAUCAGCACGGCAUGACAGUGGAUGUUGAGGGAUAUGGGUCACCGGUAUGGGUGCUAGUCCCGCCAUGUCUGGUAUGUUUGCUCUGGUGAUAAUGCAUGUACCAUAGCAAGGUGCGGGUUGCCCGCACGAACGGGGCGCUGCCCAGGGGCGUUGGCCGGGGUCCACGGCUCCAAGGACACCUUGCUGCCUGCACACCGCCGCCAGUGGCCGGUGGAGCCUGGCGGUAGGGUCGUCGUCGGCUUUGUGGGCGCUCAGGGUUGAUAUUUUGCAUACCGUAGUAACUUAACAAAUAUGUGUAGGACGCCACGCCAUGGCCAGCUGCGCUGUGCAGGCCACCCAAGCGGGGAAGCUGGAUUGCUGGCAGCGGCUUCCGGAUUAGCGAUGGCGGGUGAUGGGGUGCGUGUGUGCAGUGCCAUAGCUGGGGGAGUCUGGAGGACAGGGCACUAGGUCCGUUGAUGUGAGCUAGAUGGAUCCUGUCUGAGCGCUAGCCCUCUUAUAUCGUCCUGAGGGGUCGUCUGUUCUAGGCGCAAGCUCAACACGUUGUUCGCGUCUGGGAACGCCGCGUUGGCGAGAGCCACGGAUGGCCCUAAUACACCAUGGGGGCACGUUGCACGCGUGAAGGUCACUGUAUGAUGCAAACUUACAUACCG